UUCGUGUCUGUUCGAUAUGCGGGUGCCGGUCACGUAUGUCCGCAUUUUUCUGUUUCGUACGUUUGAGAAACUUUAUCACGGUUCUUCGGUUUGUUGAUCACUCACUCAGCUCUUCCUCUCAUUACUGUUCUCUAAUUGCAUUGCUCCAGCGAGAAAAAAAACGUUCAUUAUCACCGUGUACCGUACCGAUGGAUAUCUCAGACGACGAUUUGUUCCUUCCGAGUGACGAGGAAGAAACUGUAAUAAAAUCUUCCUCCUCCAUUAUUAAUCCAGUGGAAGAACAUUUGCUCGAACAAAUGCACGAUACAACCGAAAGAAUCGAAAAAGCAAGAUGUAAUGUCGAUCGAGUGAAGGCUUUGACCGAGAAAAUAAUCAAAAAACUGAACGUUCGUGAAACUUGCGGUGAGUGUAUCGACUCUGACACAGACAGUGAAUUGUACCAGGUAACGGGAGAGCCGGUAAUUAAGAAAAAACGAUCACAGGAGAAAGAACCUUCUCAAAUAUUGGAAAUUAAAGAUGUUUGGCAACGUAUCAUCAAUGACAAGUGGAUCAUGGGGAUCGGACUCAAGAAUACAUCGAGUCGAACCCUUAAAAACCUCCGAGCCUACAUUAUGAUGAAGGACGAAGCAGAGAUUCGGGGGUGUUCAUCAUUUUGGGAGAUAACCGAUUCGAUGGCUACGAGAACCGAAGAGCUUGCAUCGGAAGAAGUCGAUAAGACGAUAGCGACGAUAGUUCUUGAUAUUCCUAAUUUUGCAGAAAAAAAUUGUUUCGAGGCUUUCGGUACGAUAUUGUACAGUAUGGGUGAAAACAAUUUGCAAACUCCCAUACCGACUUUCCGCUUGACCGCGGAUAACGUAAAAGAUAAAACAUUUGCACCAAAGUUUUCGUUCGGCGCUGAAAAUACUGUGCUCGCGUUGAAAUCCAUCUGCGUCGAGCGUGAAAUCAUUAUCCCCAUCGAUAAAGAAGGCAUCGGUGCUCGACUCGACGAAUUCCUCGAUGAUAACGGAUUCAACAGCAUCGGCGAUGAAAUGCCUGACGUAUACGUUGCCAAAGCUAACGACUUUUAUCGACACUGCAUCUUCGAAAUACUCGCGAUCAAUGGUACUGACGCUCCCGUGCGUAUAUCAGCUCGGAGUCCGAGUCAAUUGGAAGUGAUCGUACGUCUUCUUCGUGAGAAAUUUUCCGACGUUGAUAUCGAGGACAUGGAAGAUCGAACGAUGAAAGCUGCAAGAGCAUUGGAACACGAAUUGGAGUUGGAACUUGUCGGUGAUUGUUCGAGAGCCUUGCAGAUGGCUCGCUUCACCACGGAUCUCCUCAUUCCAUGACUCUAAUUCUUCCCCUUUCGUAUGUUUAUAGAAUAAGCUGCUCUAUGUAAAAAGGAACUCUAUAUUUUUCAAGAGAAAAGGUAAUGAAAUUUGGUGACGGAAACACACGGCCAUAAUCCGGAGAGAAAACAAUCGAUAGAUUUUUUCAAUGAUUUAUUUUGUUAAACUAUAUAAAGCACAUAUUUAUAAUAGAUGUUGCGCGUGAGUAAGUGAGUGGGGGGGGGGGGGGGGUGAGUGUGUAUGUGUGUUUUCGUUUUUUUUCCGCGUAUGGAACUCGCUGAGCACUUUUGAUCGAUCGAGUCUAAUUGUCCUUAAAACCGGGGACGUAUCUCGCCUAAUUGUUUUUUUUUUUUUUUUUUUUUACAUUUGAGAUCGUAUAUACAUAUAUAUAAAUAUUCGCACGUAUGUAUAUAUAUGUAUUUAUAUAUAUAUAUAUAUUUAUCGUCUUAUACAGAGUGUACUAUCUCCUAUAUUGCUCUUUCUUGUGGAUUUUCCGUUUUAUUCCGUCAAUAUUCAUACGCACUCACGUUUGCACCCUGCAUUUGCCGAGUUAUUUUGUAAUUUAAAAUCUUUGUGAAUAUGUGAAAUUCACUGUUAUUGAUAGUGCGAAGAAAAAUAUAUGAGAAUUGAAAAUUCAGAGGAGCAUAAUAAUAAAAAUGCCGUUCGUAUUAUAUUUUACAGUAAGUUGUAUCCGAACGAAAAGUAAUCGAUAGGAAUGAUUAUGAUUUGAUCGGAAUUCUCAAGUCCAAAGGGAACAUUAAUUACUGCUUCAUAAAUGAAUAAUUUUCGUAAAUAUACUUUUUAUGUUGAUUUUUUAUGGAUACUCGCGGAUUUGGGUGUUUAUGGAAGAUUAAAAAAUAAAGUGAUAAAACAGGUGGUGAGUGAGAAAAAAAUUGGGAAUAUCCUGAUAACCAAUAUUAACAAUAUACUCGGUCUGUAUCUUCGACUUGCAUUUGAACGAUUGUUUGUUCAUGGGUUACAAUCUUGAAGCGAAUUUCUCGGAGGCCACGGUGUUGCUCGCAGCUAGAUUGUAAAUAUCAACCGUGAUCCAACUCUUUUCCUUUUUUUUCGACUAUUUGUUCGGCGGGAUGCCUAUAGAAAAAUGAUUUCUCCAACACCGAAGACCUCACGUACAACUUCCUUCGCUGAUUCUUGUGCUUGUUCUCUCUUUUUAUUCAGCAUUCAUCUAUUUUUCGUUCUCUCUUUCUCUUUCUCUCCCUCGCGAUUCGCGUUAUACACAAGUGUUUAAAUCUAGCCUAUCGUUAAUUAAAUGGCUCAGUCUAUCUAGAAUCGCGAAUAUCACUAAUUCAUUACAGUUGCGGUACGGCAAGUUUUAUUUUUACUCGUUCUCCUCAUUUUCAUCGCACUCUUUUCAUCUCUAUCCCUUUUCGUUUCGACUCGUGGUUGCUACUACUCGCUCAUGCAGUUCCCCAAUUUAUUUACAUGUGAAAAUAAAAUAUUCAAUCUGUUAUUACGAGCAAAAAGUUAUUUUGCGCGAAUGUUGUCGCUAUGAUUUUCCAUGACGGUCUACAAAUAUCAGGCAUGAAAAUCAUAAUUCUAUAUAAAAUUAGAGAAAUAAAACAUUAUAGGAUAAAUUAGAACGAAGAAUGAAGCAUCGCGGAAGGAUAAAUUUGUAAACAUGGGGAACUCCAGAGGCGAAUUUUCACGACUCGCGCAAAUAUCUAAUUAUAUUUUGUUUCUUUUUUCAAAUUUUUGCUUCUUUCCUUUCUUCCUUUGAAUCUUCAAUCGUCAAAUUGUACUCGGUUCUCUUUUCGUUUUUUCUCCAUCGCGUAACUCGAUGAGAUAAUAAACGAUGAAACGAUGGUGUUUGUAUUGAUAUUAUUGUUACUUUUGUAUCUCUCCAUUGCUUGUUUUUUCUUUUUUUUUCUUUUAUAAUUCGUUCGAAAGUAUUCACGGUUCUCGUAAAUGGUAUGUGUGUUGUGUUUUGACGUAUGUUCGUGUGCGAGUGUGUGGAAAACUUUGUCGAAUUCGGUAUAA